AAUACGUCUCCAGGCUGAGGAAAAAAAGUGCUUUUGGAUUUUGCUGUAUUUGGAGUUGUGUUCCUCGCGGAGGAAACGAGGGCAGAAAGGGAGGGGGCAUUAAAAGUUCUUGUCCAAACCAACAACAUUGCCAAACGCCUUGCUUUCUAACCGGGUACCAGCACGCGCAAAGAUGGGCACUCACAUAACGCAAAAUAUUACACUUUGGAUAUGUUGUUUCGUUUUAUUGGGAGUUACUGUGGUUAUCGGUUCAAACAUCUGUACAUCCCGAGGGGGCAGCACAUGUAAGCAGUGUCUGACAGUUCAUCCUAGCUGUGCCUGGUGCUUCCAGGAGGACUUUGGGCAGGGGGUGGCUGGCGUGUCUCGUUGUGACCUGAAGAGUAAUCUGCUGGAUGCAGGCUGUGCUGUGAAUGCCCUUGAGUUUCCUACCAGCAAACUUCAGGUGAAGGAAGACCGGCCCCUCAGUGACAAGGCAGCCAGGGACACGGCUGACGCCACCCAGAUCCGACCUCAGAGACUCCAUAUAACCCUCAGACCAGACGACUCCAAGCGGUUUACAGUGAAGGUGCGUCAGGUGGAGGACUACCCAGUGGACCUGUACUACCUCAUGGACCUGUCGUACUCCAUGAACGACGAUCUGUACCGCCUGCGGACCCUGGGGAAAGGCCUGGCCCAGGAAAUGGGCCGCACCACCAGCAACCUGCGCAUGGGCUUUGGAGCGUUCGUGGACAAGCCGCUUUCGCCCUACAUGUACAUCUCCCCCAAGGAGGCCCUGCUGAACCCCUGUUAUGGGAUCAACACAACAUGCCUUCCCCAGUUUGGCUACAAGCACGUGUUGUCCCUGACAGAGGAGGUGGGCCGCUUCACAGAGGAGGUGAAAAAACAGAUUGUGUCCAGGAACAGGGACGCCCCCGAGGGGGGCUUUGACGCCAUCAUACAGGCUGCCGUGUGUAAUGAGAAGAUUGGCUGGCGUCAGGGUGCCUCUCACCUUCUGAUCUUCACCACUGACGCCAAGACCCAUGUGGCACUGGACGGGCGCCUGGCGGGCAUCGUGCAGCCCAACGAUGGGAAGUGCCAUCUCAACUCGGAGAACAUGUACAGCAUGUCUACUGUUUUGGACUACCCAUCCCUGGCUCUGAUCACUGAGAAGAUGUCGGAGAACAACAUCAACCUCAUCUUUGCUGUCACCAGUUCUGUGGUGCCACUCUAUCAGAACUACAGUGAACUGAUUCCAGGGACCGCUGUGGGCACCCUGUCCAACGACUCGGGCAACGUGAUCCAGCUCAUACUGAACGCCUAUGCGAAAAUCCGCUCAGUGAUUGACAUGGAGACACAAGGCGUUCCUGAGGAGCUCUCUCUCUCAUUCAAUGCCACCUGUCUCAAUGGAGAGGUCAUCCCGGGCAUCAAGUCCUGCUCUGGACUGAAGAUAGGAGACACGGUCUCCUUCAGCGUGGAGGCGCGGGCUCGCGGCUGCCCCAAGGAGAAGCGCAAGACAUUCGUCAUCAAGCCCGUGGGCUUCAAGGACUCCCUGACGGUCACGGUCACCUUCGAGUGCGAGUGCAAGUGCCAGGCCGCCGCCCAGCCCAACAGCCCUGUGUGCAACCAUGGCAAUGGCACCUACGAGUGUGGCAUCUGCCUGUGCCACCCGGGACGACUGGGGCCGCGCUGCGAGUGUGCCGAGGGCGACUAUGGCGCCACGGAGCGGGACCACUGCACCGCCCCCUCGGCCAGGGGCCCCAGGGGCGCAUGGGGCGCCGAGGCGGCGGUGUGCAGCGGGAGGGGCGACUGCGUGUGUGGCCAGUGUGUCUGCCACAGCAGCGACUUCGGCAAGGUGUGGGGCAAGCUGUGCGAGUGCGACGACUUCAACUGCCUGCGCUACAAGGGCGAGCUGUGCGCAGGCCAUGGCGUGUGUGACUGCGGGUUCUGCCAGUGCGACUCGGACUGGAGGGGGGACAACUGCAACUGCUCCCGGCGUACGGACACCUGCAUGUCCAGCCUGGGUCUGCUGUGCAGCGGCCGCGGCCAGUGUGUGUGCGGGGCCUGCGAGUGCACCCAGCCUGGGGCCUACGGGGCCAACUGCGACAAGUGCCCCACCUGCCCCGACGCCUGCACUAUGAAGAAAGAGUGUGUGGAAUGUAAACAUUUCAAGAGAGGGAAGCUGUUUGAGGAAAACUCCUGCACCCGCAUCUGCAGAGACGAGAUUCAGCUUGUGAACGACCUCGAGUUCCAUGAUAAGAAUGCUGUGAACUGCACCUAUAAAGACGAGGACGACUGUGUGGAACGCUUCCAAUAUUACGAAGAUGCCAGUGGCAAGUCCAUCUUGUUCGUGGUCAAAGAGCCUGACUGCCCUAAGGGGCCAGACAUCCUGGUGGUGCUGCUUUCCGUAGCGGGGGCCAUCUUGUUUUUGGGUUUGGCCAGCCUGCUCAUUUGGAAACUGCUGGUAACCAUCCAUGAUCGUCGUGAGUUUGCCAAGUUUGAGGAGGAGCGUGCCCGCGCCAAGUGGGAUACGAUGAACAACCCCUUAUACAAAGGAGCCACCUCGACGUUCACAAACAUCACAUACAGAGGCAACAAGGAGUAAUACUAACCAGAAUAACUGAAAUGCCUGCUUCAUUCGAAGGACCACUGAAUUGACUGCAUCCUUUGGACUCGUUCGAUGUCUACCAGAAUUUUAUGAUUUCAUGUGCGGGCUCUACUGUUCUGAGAAGAUGUACUAUUUUUUUUAGUGGUUUGUUGUAAAUAUGUAUUUAAAUGAUUCCAAUUAAGUUUUAUGGAGGCUUUUCGUCAUACAAAAAACACCAGUGAGUUAUAUAUUGGCCCAUCGUUUCCUUUUGUGGGGGAAUCUAACUUAAGUCGUCUGUUAAUUUUGAAUGAACAUUGAGAUAAAUGUACCACAGUGGGUGUGACUCCAGUAAAGCACAUUUCUUUCUGUGGUGAGAGAGGAAAGGCAAAGGGCAGAUAAGGAUACUACUGGUGUGGUCAUAUAUUGCAUUCUCAUCAGACUUUUGUAUAUUUUCUCUUUUCCUGUUUCUUGAGCUGUGUGGCUUAGCGAUCUGUCACGUCGCUCAAACAAGAGAAACGCCUGUGGUUUAUCUCACAUUCAUGCUAUAAAUGUAAGGCAUUUCCUUUGGCAGUUGGCAUUCAGUUGACAGUUGACUGGUUAUGUAUAGCUCAGAUGUUGUAUAUCAUAUUAAUAAUUGGCCAAAUUACGAAAUAUAUUUUGAAACAAAUGUCUACCAAAUAUAAUUCAAAUACAUUUGAAAAUGCAUAGUUAACAUAAAAUGCAUCACUAAAAAACAGUAUAUGCUAAAAAUAUAUUCAGUUUGUAAAUAUUUCUAUUACUAUUUGGAAUAUGCAAAGUCAACAUGUUAAAUACAUCCCCCAAAAAAAUGUAGAUCAGCAGUUUCUACUUUAAGGUCCGGUUUAAUGGACACAGAUUAAACCUAGUCUAGGACUCAUAAAUGAAGCUCAACAUUUAGACUCAUAAAUGAAGCUCAACAUUUAGAUUAAGCCUAGUCUAGGACUCAUAAAUGAAGCUCAACAUUUAGAUUAAGCCUAGUCUAGCACUCAUAAAUGAAGCUCAACAUUUAGUUUUUUUCUGUGUGUAGUCUUUGUAUGAACCUGUACUGCCUUAUAUUGUUCCCAAUUAUUGCAAGGACACCACAGAUCAUUUUGCAAUCACAUUUCUUUAUUGGAAGAAGUAUCACGGUCAGUUUCUUGUAGAAGAAAUGAGAUGUGUAAUAUAUUUGCUCACUGUAUAUAUUACUGUACCUUCAUUAUUGGUCAAUUAAUCUGUAAUUCCUUUUUUAAUGGGGUAACAUCAACUGGAUGUGGUGUCCUUGAUAGUUUUUCUUUUAAUCACUCAAAUCAACCUUAUUACAAUAAAAGGAAGCAGAGUACCUUUGUUUUGUUUGUUUUUUUGCGAAGUGUUGACUGAGUCUACUGUGACAUCCUUACACAUGAAAUUCACUGGGUCUGUGUCGUAAACGUUUCUGUCAUCUUUUAAAAGAAUGUUGAUCCACUUUCAAAGGGGAAAGGUUUAAAUAAAGGGCUUUAAUAGAU